AAGCCCAGAUAAUUGGCCAUGGACGGGCCCGCCGUUCUGUAGCCCAAUUCAAACUGACUGACAGAACCUAAAAUCGUCGGACCUUCUCUUUGGAAAAACCGAGCAAAGAGAGAAAAUCCGGAAGAGAGAGAGAUCAUCGGUUCCGCAAUUUCAUGUGAAACUUACCUACCCUCUUCUGCAAUUUUCCAUUUUCAGCUAUGAUCUGACCGCCAUCGCCACGGAACCUUCACAGAACGUGAUUCUGAACAAACAAAUUGCCCUGGAAAAGCAUUCCAAUGGGCUCCUCUAAAUGGAGUUCUAGCUCAUCGGAAUUCCACUUCAUCGACGUCUAAAACAGGAGUUGUGGGGGUACUCUAUGGGACGGGUGAUUAAUCUACACCUUUCUGCAUCGUAAUUGCUUCAACAUAUUCCGUUAUUUGACCUCUAGGAAUCCUACGAGUAAUAUGAUGGAGGAGGGUUUGGUUCCAAGUGGGAGAACGGAGGAAGAAACUGCAGAGGUUUACGAUAUCAAUUAUGAGGUUUCUGAUGAGGUGGAAAGAUGUGGGAUAUGCAUGGAUGUCAUUGUUGAUAGGGGUGUUCUGGACUGCUGCCAGCACUGGUUCUGUUUUGUAUGCAUUGACAACUGGGCAACUAUUACAAACCUUUGUCCACUUUGCCAGAAAGAAUUUCAGCUCAUCACAUGUGUUCCAGUGUAUGAUACUAUUGGGAGCAACAAAGUAGAUGAAGAAUCAUUUAGCAGAAAUGACGAUUGGUGCUUUGAGGGAAAGAGUAACAUCUCUUUUCCAUCAUACUAUAUUGACGAGAAUGCAGUUAUCUGCUUGGAUGGUGAUGGCUGUAAGAUUAGAAAUGGAUCUGGGUUUACUGAAGGAGAAUCUGAUCUUGAUACCUCAAUUGCUUGUGACUCUUGUGAUACAUGGUAUCAUGCAUUCUGUGUUGAUUUUGAUCCUGAAGAUACAACUGAAAGUACAUGGUUAUGCCCAAGAUGUGGGGCUAUUGAUCAGGAAACUUCUAUCAAUGAUUCAGUUCUGAAGUUUAACAGUGACUUUGAUUCAAUGAAUGCUUCGGUUCCACAAAGUUUUUCCAGAAAGGUGUCUGUAUCCGUUGCUGAUACUGGAGAGACAGCAUUGGUUGUCUCAAUGAUUGGAGGAAAUCAGGUUAAUGAAGUACAAACUGAUAACACUUUGUCAACCGAUGAAAUUGAAAAAAAUAAAAAAAUUGAAAAUUUCAUAUUGGCUUCGGAAGCUAGUAGGCCAAAUGCCACUGUAUCACCAUUGGUGAAUACUCUCGUUCUGCCAGCCCCAUCAAUGGAAAUUACUUCUGCUAUUCCAGCACUUGGAGACAAAGAAUUGGAACUUUCUUUGUCACAUGAUACUCCCAUCAGUUUUCAUUAUGAUUCCCCUACAGAUGUUGGGUUGAAAACAAGUGCUGAUGAAAUUAAGACCGAGUCAAGUAGCCUUGAAAGCACCAGAAGUUCUUCAAAUAUAUCCCACCCUGUAAACAAAAUGUCUAAAGAUGAAUUGAGCAUGGGUCUUCAUCUUGGUUUAUCUGUGGGCACAUUCUUGUCUGUUGAUUACUUGAAUGAUGAAAAUGGGGAUCGAAGUGUUCACGUUAAGCCGGAGUUGUUUUCUUCAGAAGGACACUUGUUACAAGUUGAUAAUAUCGCAUCUCAAACCACCCCGGAAGCAUCUAUACUUGUUGGUGUAAAGAGGAAACGCACAGAUUGCAGUGAUCACAUCCAGAAGACUGCUGAUAAUGGAGGUGAUAAAGCCAAUUCUGAUAUAAAACUUGUUCUGGGGAAGAAUCAACCAGUUCCUUCUAAAAAUGAUGUGGAGCUAACUGAGCAAGAUGAUACUGCAAAGAGUUUGGCUAGGCCAUUAGUUCCUACAGAAGCCAGCUUGAAGCGAAUAUCAAGAAAGAAAGGUGUCAAUGCUGAUAUAAUGAGUAUAGUUCGGGGCCGAAACCGCAGGCCCCCUCCAGGAAGGGGGGCAUGCUCAAAUUCUAAUGAUGAAGAGUUGGAUGAGCGAGAAAAUUUGACUGGUUUGAGAGUCAAAAAGAUCAUGAGAAGAGCUGGCGAGGAUCAGGAAUCAUCCAUGCUAGUUCAGAAACUAAGAAAUGAAAUAAGAGAAGCAGUUCGCAACAAAUGCGCAAAAGAUUUUGGGGAAAACCUUUUGGAUUCUAAGCUACUUGAUGCGUUCAGGGCUGCAAUAUCAGGCCCUAAAACCGAGACUCAGAAAAGAUUAUCAGCUUUGGCUGUGAAGGCGAAAAAAUCAUUAUUGCAAAAGGGGAAAAUACGUGAGAGUCUGACAAAGAAAAUAUAUGGGGCUACUAAUGGAAGAAGGAAGCGUGCUUGGGACCGAGACUGUGAAAUUGAAUUCUGGAAGCAUCGUUGCAUAAGAGUGAGAAAGCCCGAAAAGAUUGCAACUUUGAAAUCCGUCCUUGACCUCUUAAGAAAUGGUCCGAGUCCAGAUGCAAAACAAGAUUCUGAAGGCCAGCCCACAAAUCCGAUUCUUUCUCGAUUAUAUGUAGCAGAUACAUCCGUCUUCCCACGGAAUAAUGACAUCAAGCCUCUCUCGGCUUUCAAAUCUUCCUCUUCUUUGGAUCAGAAGAAAGAUCCACUCACAGGGACUAGUAAGGUUCCGACGAAGGCUGGUAUUCCUCCUCUAGCAGUAAAUGCAGGGAAUAGUUGUUCCGUGUCUGCCUCAAAGAGUGCUGCGGGUUCUAGUAAAGGAAAUCAUAGUGGAAACUCAGAAGCAUCAGUUGGUUCUAAGAUUAGACCACAGAAUACUGUUUCUUCUACAUCCAAUAAUGCAAUUGAUAAAAGAAAAUGGGCCCUAGAAGUUCUUGCUAGGAAAACUGGUGAUGGUUCCAGUGCAGCAAACAAAAAGGACGAAGACUUGGCUGUGCUUAAAGGAAAUUAUCCAUUGCUAGCUCGGCUACCAAUAGACAUGAGACCAAAAUUGGAACCCAGUCGCCACAAUAAAAUUCCCAUGUCAGUAAGGCAGGCUCAGCUUUACCGCCUGACGGAGCAGUUCUUGAAGAAAACAAAUUUGACGGUCAUGCGCAGAACAGCAGAGACAGAGUUGGCCGUUGCAGAUGCCAUUAACAUAGAAAAGGAGGUUGCUGAUAGGUCAAACAGCAAAGUUGUAUAUCUUAAUCUUUGUUCUCAGGAGAUAUUGCAUCGCACUGACACUGGCAGAUUAAAUACAGCAGCAGCAGAUUUGGAUUCCUCAUUCCAGGCAAAUGAUCAGAUUGAUGGAACUGAACUAGCCACUCAUCCAGAAACAGAUCCUGAAGUUCAAGAAGCACUAAGAAAUGCAGGUCUUUUAUCUGAUUCACCUGUGAGUAGCCCUCCACACAGAACUGAAGUCGAUGAUGAUGAUGCCCCAAUGAAAGACUUGCAAGACGAUGAACCUGAAAAUGUAAUAGAAAUGGAUGACCAUCCAGAUUUGGAUAUCUAUGGUGAUUUUGAGUACGAUCUAGAAGAAGAAAGCUGCUUCACCACGAAAGCUACCACCAAGGUUUUGAAACCACCAGAUGAAGGCGAAUCAAAAUUGAAAGUUAUUCUUUCCACCCUAAACACUGAAAGUUCGAUUCAGGCGUCAGAUGCCGAAAAGUCUGAGGGAACGGAGAGUGUUGAACUUCUGAAGGAUGCUUCUUGUUUGCCGAAAAAUGAAACUAAUGUGGAGGCCGGAACAGCCCCUUCAGAGGGUGAGAAUGAAGGCUCUGUUGCUGUUCCUCUGAAUAGUACCGAAGUUGAAGAACCUUCCUUGGCAGAAUAUGAAGAACUCUAUGGACCUGACACAGAGCCACAAAUUAAGAAUCUUCCAGGUGAAACUCCAACAGACGAGCGUUGUGUGCCUACUCCAGCAUUUGGUUCCGAGCAGAAAGAUUCUUCCAAUGAUGGAAGUUCUGUGCUAAUUCAAGAUGGAAAUGAAUCGGACAUUAAACGUGAGGAGAGUGUAAAAGGAGCAGCUGCCACCACUGUUUCUCCAAUCCCCACUUCUGGAGAGGGUUCUCCCCACAAGAAGGGGAAAUCCAAUGCUGAUGACAAUAAGCAGUCUGAUAGCAACAACUCUGUAGCUAAGAAGGUCGAAACAUACAUCAAGGAGCACGUCCGACCUCUGUGCAAGAGUGGGAUCAUAACACCCGAACAAUACAGAUGGGCAGUCCAAAAAACCACCGAGAAGGUCAUGAAGUACCAUUCCAAAGAUAAGAAUGCAAAUUUUCUUAUCAAAGAGGGUGAAAAGGUGAAGAAGCUUGCAGAACAGUAUGUAGAAUCAGCACAGCGGAAGGGCGUUGAUUAACAUAAAUCGACGUCAUUUCAUUUCUCGAGCUGUCGAAGGGGUGCUGGUUAGGAAUCCGACAUGGGAGUUCCAUAUUCAGUAAGCAACUAUGUUUCUGAUUUAGCUCAAAUUCUGUCCUCACACAAUUGCAAAUUGAAGCUCCAUCUUUCUUGAAGAACGCAUGAGAAUCCCUUUUAAAAGCUAUAUAUAAUAGAAAGAAAGUGUAAUUUUCUGUCUAAACAGAGACAAGAAACUGGUGGGAGUAGCCUCUUUAUUAUGGUUGAUCUCCAGUGAUUGUUAGUUAAAUGCAUUGUUUUAGUUGAGGACAGAUAUAAUAUCAGCCCCUUCUACAUAAUUUUCUC